AUGGGCGCGAACCGAUGCGGCUCGCCGGCGCCGCCCUCCAACGCGCUCCUGGUCGCCAGCAUCGAGCAGGAGGCGAAGAAAGGCACGAAAUUUAUCGACUUACCGUACGCGGUCAAAGGCAUGGACGUGUCGCUGAGCGGCGUGCUCACGUUCGCGGAGAAGGAGGCGAGGCGCGUAUUCCUCACACUGCGCAUGCGUCGCGGCGAGUGCACCGCCGCGGAUCUGUGCUUCUCGCUUCAGGAGACGAUAUUCGCGAUGCUCGUGGAGAUCACGGAGCGCACGAUGGCGCACUGCAACACGCAGGACGUCCUCAUCGUCGGCGGCGUCGGGUGUAACGUGCGGCUGCAGGAGAUGAUGGGAGAGAUGGUGAAACAACGCGGCGGCGCGCUCUACGCGACGGACGAUCGAUACUGCGUCGACAACGGCGCGAUGAUCGCCUACGCCGGGCUGUUGGCGUUCAUGGAGGGCGACGUGACGGCGAUGAAGGACACGACGUGCACGCAGCGAUACCGCACGGACGACGUGCUCGUGACGUGGAGGAAGGAUAAGGAGUAA